AUGCCGGGGCUCCCUGAGCUGUGCCGGGAGCCUCGUGUGGCUGCAGCUGGAGGGGGCAGGCUGUCUCCUCGGCCUGUGGGUUUUUUGUGCACGGUCAUCGGUUUCAUCCUGGAGCACUUGGACUUCCCCCUUCUUGGACUGGAAACUCUGCCCUCUUCAGGCCUGGGGUCGGUGCGAGGGCCCGGCCAGUUCCCUGGCGGUAGUUCGCAGGCCUCGCUGAGCGUGGCUGGAGAUCGCAGGCUGGCGCAGAGCUCUGUCAGCCCCCAGCUUGUCCACUCCUCUGACGUCACGGCCGAGAGUGCUGACUACCAGGCCAGUGGUCACAGCUGGGUGUUCUGGGGCAGCAAGUACCGGAGGAACAACCCUGGGACCUUAAGCCCAGAAGGACCCCUCAGCCCUGGAGGGCCACCUCUGGGGCUGCUCGUUGGGCUGGGGGGGCCCCGUAAGCCCCCGACCUGGUGUCGCCUCCAGGUGCGCCCUACGCCGGUGCUCUGGGUGCUCCUGCUGGCACUGCUGGGGACCACACCAAGCCGGUCCGGGCUCCGCACCUGCAGCGUCCCGGACGUACUGCGCCACUACCGCGCCAUCAUCUUCAAGGACCUGCAGGCGGCGGUGAGGAGGGGCGCGCCGGGCGUCGAAGGCACGGGGCCAGGCUCACGACGCCUCCACGCCACUCAGAAAAACCCGCCCGGGGCCUCCUGUGGCGCCCAGGAGGAACACAGCAUCCUCCGGUCCAUCGCGUCCCUGGGCCGGACCCUGCGCCGGGCAGUGGAUGCGGGCCGCCGCGGGGCCCUGGAGAGAGCGGCGUGGACCGUGGCCGUCCGCACCGAGGCGGUGAUGCGGCGCCACUGCGGGGCGCUGCGCCAGCAGCACCCGCGGCCCUGGGCGCGCGCAGCCCGGCGUCCCAACGGCCAGAGGCGGCUCCUGCUGCGCGCCCUGAGCACCGUCGCCACCUGCUGGGAGAAGCUCUUCGCGCUGCGCGCUGUGGUCCGGCCCGGGCCUGCCCCCAGCGUCCUGCGCCCGCCUGGGAACUGA